CUCUCUCUCUCUCUCUCUCUCUCUCUCUCUCUCUCUCUCUCUCUCUCUCUCUCUCUCUCUCUCUCUCUCUCUCUCCCGGUUCUAAUUUUAUUAUUUAUUAAAUAAAAAAGAUAAAUAUAAAAUUUUCUCUGGUUAAAUUAUUUUCUUAUCCGGUUACUUCAAAAUUACUGUUCAACCGCAGUAAUUUUCCCCCAAAAUUACAUAUUGCUGACGUGGCAUGCAUCAAAUAAAAAACCGCCAUGAAUACCAAAACAAUGCGUCUUCCCCCACGCCGUGUGCUGACAUCAGACAAACGAGUUAUCUCCGGCGUCGUCGCCGGUAAAUCCGCCGUGACAAAUCCGCCACCGCCGCCAAUUAAAUCUAUCCUUAAGAAAACUGAAUCCGUCGCUCAGACAACUGUCGCCGCCGUUGUAGCCGAGCCGGCCAGUUCGAACCAGCUCCUCGCCGGUUAUUUGGCUCACGAGUUUCUCAACAAAGGCACACUCUUCGGAGAGCAGUGGAAUCCGGCUCGAGCCCAAGCCGGCCCAUAUCCGGCCCAAUCUACCGAGUCGAGAAAAACUAAGCCGAGCCAUGGCAUCGAACCGAGUGACCAUAAGCGGAGGAGAUAUGAGGAGGUCGCUAAUACCCUCCGGGCAGAUGGGACCCACUUGCCCGGUAUCGUCAACCCUUCACAGCUUGCCCGAUUCCUUAAAUUGUGAUGGCGCAAAUCCACGUGGAUCAAGGAGAUUGGUGCGUCCACCGAAAAUGAAGACGGAUGUUAGCACCGAAACAUUCCUCUUGUCUCUGUCUUCGUUCGAAAUUGACUCGGAAAUGUUAGGGUUCUUGUUCUGGUCGGGAUUAGAUGUACUGUCUUUUUGUAAAUCUGGUUAUGCAUUAAUUCUCAACGGUUUGAAAAACAAAACUAUUUUUGUGAAA